GUCCCGAGAGGCGCAGGGGGAGCGAGCCCCCGUGUCCUACCCGGCGUGGCUUUGCUGUGGCGAGCGAGCUGAGGUCAGUGGUACCCAGCCCAACGCCCUCUGUGGAGCACGGCCCCCGCUGCCGUGCUUACGCCAGAGGAGCUGAGAGGCAGAAGCAACGCAUCGCUGCCAGAGAAGGAGUGAGGCCGUUCCCCGGGCACCCUUGCAGCAUCAUGACUCUCCAGGCUGACUUUGAUGGUGCUGCAGAAGAUGUAAAAAGAUUAAAAACAAGACCAACUGAUGAAGAACUGAAGGAACUAUAUGGAUUCUACAAACAGGCUACUGUUGGAGAUAUUAAUAUUGAAUGUCCAGGAAUGCUAGAUUUGAAAGGCAAAGCCAAAUGGGAGGCAUGGAACCUGAAAAAAGGUCUAUCAAAGGAGGAUGCCAUGAAUGCCUAUAUCUCUAAAGCAAAAGCAAUGGUAGAAAAAUAUGGGAUCUAGAAUACUCAAAAUAAUUCCCACUAAUAACUAAUUUUUCAGUAGUUAAUGAACUAACUCUGUUGUGAAAAAUGCAAUGCUAACUCCUUAUUCUGUAGUCUUGAGAGUAAAAUCUUCUAGGCAUAAGCUGUUUGACUGUAAAGAGUAUUUACAUACAUACUCUAUUUUUAGAUUGUAUCUUAUUCUAAAUAAAUUUGAACCUAAUAAA